AUGUUUGAAUCAACAACCGCCUCGACGACAUCGUCCCUGCUACCUCCACCAUCCAACACUGCAGACUCAAAUACUCGACGACCAAGUUUGAGCGCAUUCAAAUAUCCCACAGCUUCAGAGACAACAACACACACAGAUGCUGCUUCGUCAACAGCGCAAAUAUCUUGCGCGUACCGAAGGCGUUAUGCUUCGUACCUGGCCGCGUCGUUCGGCAUAAGCUUCGAAGCGGCACUUGCAGACACAGACGCGCAAUUGGCACCUCGAAGACCUUCGUAUGUGUCGGAAUCGGAACUCGAUCGCAGAGAAUGA